AUCCAAAAAAAUUAAAACAAAAACAGGAAUCAGUUUGUCGUGUACAAGAUGAAGGACAUAUUUUCCGAGAUACUUAUAGUAAUCUUGUAGCAAUUAAAUCUCAUUUACCUCGAAUAUGGACAAUUUAUGAAAGAAGAAAACAGAUUACACAAGAUAUGGCUAAACCUGAUAUUACUGAAGUAGAUAUUAUAGAAAAUGUCAUUCAUUUAGUUGAAAAAUGCGGAUAUAGAAGUGUUAUUGAUAUUCUUAAAUUUAUAAUGCCGAAAUUAAUUGAAAAAAAAUUCUUAAUUUUCCAAAUAUUAGUAUUAGAAUUUCUGGGGAUGGACGUAAUAUAG